AUGUAUAUUGACUGCUUUGUUUUAUGUAGGGUAGAGAAAUACAGACCAAUAAAGCUCAAUGAAAUCAUCGGUAAUGAAGAAACUGUUAGUCGACUUGAGGUGUUUGCAAGAGAGGGAAAUGUUCCAAAUAUCAUAAUUGCAGGUCCACCAGGAACUGGUAAAACCACAAGUAUUUUGUGCUUGGCUCGUGCACUUUUGGGUCCUGCACUCAAGGAUGCUGUCCUAGAACUGAAUGCUUCAAAUGAUCGAGGCAUUGAUGUGGUGAGGAACAAGAUCAAAAUGUUUGCACAGCAAAAGGUUACACUUCCGAAAGGCCGGCAUAAGAUCAUAAUACUGGAUGAAGCUGACAGCAUGACAGAUGGAGCACAACAAGCUUUAAGACGAACUAUGGAGAUCUAUUCAAAGACAACACGAUUUGCUUUGGCUUGCAAUGCCUCUGAUAAAAUUAUAGAACCCAUCCAAUCUCGAUGUGCUGUGCUUCGCUAUACAAAGCUUACUGAUUCACAGGUUCUUGCAAGGCUAAUGACCGUCGUAGAGAAGGAGAAUGUUCAGUGCACAGAUGAUGGUCUUGAAGCAAUCGUGUUUACAGCACAAGGAGAUAUGAGACAGGCUUUGAAUAACUUGCAGUCUACAUGUGCUGGCUUUGAGUUUGUGAACAGCACCAAUGUGUUUAAGGUUUGUGAUGAACCACAUCCACUGUUGGUAAAAGAAAUGUUACAGCACUGUGUGAAUGCAAACAUUGAUGAAGCAUACAAGAUAGUGGCUCAUCUCUGGAAACUAGGUUACUCCCCAGAAGACAUCAUCAGCAUUAUCUUUCGUGUGUGCAAGACUUUCCAGAUGCCUGAAUAUCUCAAGCUGGAAUUCAUUAAGGAAAUUGGCUACACACACAUGAAAGUUUCAGAGGGUGUAAAUUCUCUUUUACAAAUGGCUGGACUCCUUGCACGUCUGUGUCAGAAGACCACAGUGUCCACAAGCUAA